AUGGAGAUCCACGAUGCCCCUAUAUCUUCUCUUUUCUUGUUUGAAAAGCAGAUAUCUUCAACAGAACCCUCAGUGAACUUCAAGGAAGUUGCUCCCCCUACCGCUGAGUCAGAAGAGAGAAUCAAUACUGUUUACCAGUUACCUGCAAUAGACAGGACUUUCACCACACACGUCCCGAGUUCCAGCCAAUACUCAUCAUCCGAGAUGUCUGCACCAGCUAAGAUCCCUGAAGUCUUUGAUCUUGACGAAUUGGACAGCUAUUCUGACCAGAUCCAGGUCAAGAAAGAACCUAGCCCCAAGACCACAGCUACAUCCAAACCCAGCAUCUCCAAAGCCAUCAUCAUUCCUAAACCUUCACCGGCUACCAAACCCCGGAGUUCAAGUUCCCGCAAAAGGAAAGAACCUGAUUCCCCUGUCAUUUCUGACACAUUUCCUUACGAGAAGCACGGGUUCAUUGAAGCUAGCGGGUUUAUGACUUCUUUUCUUAACCAGGGUCUUGAGCGCUUGGUUAACUUAUAUCAAGAAUCCUGCUAG